AAAUUUGGUAUAAGUAUUGAGCUGUGAAGAGGUGUUUUUUUUUUUGUUUUAGUUGAAUAGCGCCAAAUAUCAUUGAGAAAAAAAAAUAGUUCAUUCGAAGUUGUUAAUGAAAUCCACUUGAAUAUGACGCAAAAGACAACGUUACCACGUCAAUUCGGUAAAAUCACAUUAACACUUGAAAAUUGUUUAUUGUCCGACAAUAAAUUGCAAGAGACUCCGUCGCAACAUGAUGGCUUGGAUAAAGAAACUGAAACCGAUUUGAGAGUUCUUGGUUGUGAACUCAUUCAAAUUGCGGGCAUUUUACUAAAACUUCCACAGGUGGCGAUGGCUACCGGGCAAGUAUUAUUUCAGCGUUUUUAUUAUUCAAAGUCCUAUUUGCGUGACAAUAUGGAGAUAACAGCAAUGAGUUGCAUCUGUUUAGCAUCAAAAAUUGAAGAGGCUCCGCGACGUAUUCGGGAUGUAAUCAAUGUUUUCCAUCUUAUCAAACAAGUUCGUGGUCAAAAGCCAAUACAUCCAAUGAUUUUGGAUGCGAGCUAUGUAUCACUGAAAAAUCAAGUAAUUAAAGCCGAACGUCGUGUUUUAAAGGAGCUUGGAUUUUGUGUACAUGUCAAACAUCCGCAUAAAUUAAUUGUGAUGUAUCUGCAAGUGCUUGGAUAUGAAGAAAAUAAGCGUCUCAUGCAAAUGGCAUGGAAUUUUAUGAACGAUUCAUUGCGUACGGAUGUAUUUGUACGAUACAAUCCCGAAUCGAUUGCCUGUGCAUGCAUUUAUUUGACAGCAAGAAAAAUUGAUUUACCAUUACCCAAUAAUCCAUCAUGGUAUGGUGUGUUCAAUGUUAAUGAAGAUGACAUUUUGGAUAUAUCAUAUAAAAUUAUGGAAUUGUAUCGUCGACCAAAACCGAAUGCAGAAGUGCUUGAACAAACGGUUGAAAAACUUAAAAAAGUCUUCGAAGAAAUUCGAAAUAAAAAUAAAACCGGACAAAAUACACCACCAGUCACAAUAUCGGUGGAUCGAAAUGAUAAAUCAUACAAUUCAUGGAGCGGUUUUAUUUCACGUGCGGCACCAGUGACAAACACAAAUGUCAAUGAAAAUGAAAAACAACCGACGCAACCAAUUUCUUCAGAUAGUCAAUCAAAUGUACCACAAUCGGAUUCAGCAGCUCAGACAAAUCAAAAUUCGCAACAACCUGGACAAUGUCAAAAUGAAUCAUCAAACACAGAAAACACAAAAAAGUCUUCGAAAUCGUCGCGUGAACAACAAAGUGCCAGACGAUCACCAUCAAAAUCGUCACGUUCCGGAUCUAUCUCUCAAUCACCGAACGACAAUUCUAGAUCACGAAGUCACAAGAAAACACGUGACAAAUCUCGUUCUCGAAGUAGGACAUCCGAAAAGCAUAAAAGAAGCAGAGUCAAAUCUCGCAAUUACUCUCGAUCCGCUUCUUUGUCACCGUCACGGUAUAAUAAAAAACGGGACCGAGAAAAGUCUGAUUAUGGGCACAGUAACGGUGAUAUUCCACAUAAAAAGCAUUUUUCAUCUGAAAAACACCAUGAUUAUCGCAGUAGGGAUAAGGAACGUGCACCGAGACAUGAACGAUAUUCGAAUAAUCGAAGACAAGGAGGCCAGUUCCGUGACCGUAAACGAUAAAUGUAGUAAAAAGAAAUAAAAUUUACUUUUUGAAAUAUUUACUUUUGUCAGAUAGACAUUGAAAAAUCCAACAAUCAAAAUAACUAAAAAAAAGUUUUUUUUUUUUGUUUUCAUUGUAGAAACUUCAUAAUAACUAAUUGUUUUAUCAAAAAUUCUUAUUUGUCAAAUAAAAACACAUUUUUACCAUA